AUGGUGGUUAAAUUCAUGCUGCAUCCCGAUAUCCAGAUUUUCACGAAGACUUUUAACAUUAAUCAAAAUGUGGAGCAAAUCAAACAGUACUUUGCAAAGCGAUUAAAAAUACCACUGGAUGUUUUGCAAAUUAGGUUGCUAGGGAGAAUAGUUGAAAAUUAUGAAACCCUCUGGAAUCUUGGUGUGCAACCUAAUGGGACAAUACAGUUUGAUAUGUACUCAUUAGACAAUGAAAACUUUCCACUCAAAGCAUACAAACUCCUGCAAGAAUACUAUAUGCCUGAUGUUAUAACGGUUCAAGUUCAAACAGAGCCAGACACUUUUCAGGAUGUAUGUAUAGAAAUUAAAAGACCAACAUUCGAAAAACCAUUCUUGGGUGGAUUUAGACAUAAGGAAACAGGCACAGAAUAUCAUAAUGCAGGAUCACAGACAGAUCCCAAAAAACGUCUAGACAAAGAAUAUGAAGAAUUCUGUAGGUCAACACAGACAGUGGUAGAAAGAAAGAAAUUACAACAGACCAUAAAUACAACUUCUACACAAAUGACAAAAAUUGGUGUUUAUGUGUCAAAUGUCACUGAUAAGCUUAUAGAACCAAAGCCAUAUGUGACAGCUGAAGAAUAUCACGCACGAAGACUUAAGGCGAUCAUCGUAAUCCAAACCUAUUAUCGACGAUGGCUAGCUAUUCAAUGGGUAAACAAACUAAAAGAACAGUUAAGAUUGAGACUGGAAUGGGAAAGGCAAGAAGAACUAAGAAAACAGAGAGAGAGGGAAUUAAAAUUGCUAAGGGAGUAUAAUCGAAGAAUGCAUCCUAAAACAAAGGAUGAUUUUGAAUUACUUUAUCAUGCCUUAGAAUUAUGGAGAAAAGAGGAACUUGAGGGCAUCAACAGCACUUUCACUGGAGCUGAACGGAAAGCAGCUCUCUGUGGACUUCUAGAAAAAGAGACCCAGCUGAUUGCUUGCAUUGGGAGACACAAAAUAAAUGCAGCAGAAGAGAACCAUGAAAAAGCAAUCCUGUUCUUUCUGGAAAAGUGUGCAGAACCAAAAAGAUGGAAAGCAUUUGAUGGCAGAACCACAGAGAUGGAUACACAAUUCACACUGCGAGCCAGGGAAUUACUUGGAAUCUAUCGCAGCAUUAGUAUGAAAGAUCUUCCCCAAGAUGAACGGCUAGAUGUGUUGUUAGCCCUGAAACAUACAGUGAAGGAACAUGAAUGUAAACUCACGCAAGAAAUAGUGGAAUUAAUUGAUAGAGAAGCAGACCUCAUGAUGAGGGCAGUGAAGGAAUGUAAUUUACAAGGACUUCGACAAAGAAUCUGUACAUUAUUUCUUCAGUAUAUUAAAACACCUCUUUUUAAUCCAGAGGUUGCACGACUGCUCAAGGUACCAGCUGAUCCAAUGAAGCUUUAUCACAACAUCUAUUUUUGCCUGGGUUGCAAAAAAUAUCUACCUUCUACUAGUUUUGCCAUAUCUGUUAGUUCUUGCACCAUCGGCCGGUGCCGUCUUUGCUGCAAGCUGGACAAUGAGGCUCGUAAGAGGGAAGCCUUUUUGAAGUACAAACGGAUGCUCCGAAAUCUUAGAGAGUCUGAAAUGAAAUACAGCGAUGGUGCUAAGAUUGCCUUUAUACUUCAGCUGCAAGACUUACACUACAUGGUGGAACAUUUCUGGGAUUCUCAGUCAGCUCUUAGUGCUUGGGAUGAUCUGUAUGAUUUGGUCAUGAUUAGGUGGAAUAAGUGGCAAGAAUGGUCGCCCUGGAACACUAUUCUCCUCAAAGAGGAUGAAGCUGAAGCUCAUCUUAAACUAAGUGAUCUUGAGACGGCUUAUGAGAAGGUGUUCAUUCACCGAGUAAGGCACAAACAAAUGCUUGCAAGGAAUUAUUUCUCUCAGUUCCCAGAACUGGCAGCUGCUCUUCAUAAAAGUGACAAGCAAACUAACACAGAAGAUCUUUCAGUAACAAAGUCUGUAACAACUGCUUCAUCAAAAUAACACUUAUAGAAAAGUUUAGAACAGUUCUCUUAAAAGAAGAGAACAUUGCUUGGAAAGUUGGCCUGAUCAUGAGCUUAAAGAAUGUUUGUUUGCAUGCCUUAGAUUUUUCUUUAAAUUGUAUUGCCAAAAAUUCAACUUAGAACUUCAUUUCCAAUUCAUUAUUGUUACACUGCACUUGCCUCUUUCACAUAUACCUCUUUGGUAUACAAUAUACAAAAUGCUUUUAGUCAUUUUUUCUUUUUAAAAGAAAGAAUAUUUUGGCACCCUAGCCAAGUCUUAAGUAACAACUUUAAAAGACAAUUUUAAACUAGAGAGCUGCUAUUUUGUUUUAAAGAAUGCCUGCAUAUGAGACCUGGCAACAAUGAAAAAAGAUGUCAAAGGUUAAGUUAUUCAUUUUUUCUUACCUUUACUCUCUAUCUUCCUAUUAUCAACAUCUUAGAGAGUAAAUUCAAAUAGAAGUCAAACAGCCAUGGUUAAAGACAUUUUAAAGAUUUAUAACUAUUUUGUGUGGUUUUCAUAAUAUUUAUAUACUAAUAUGGACAUAGACUAAUACCUUGGUUCUUCAGUAAUCCAAUUUAUACAUAUUACAUAAUAUAUCAAUUUUUAAUUGCUGGAAGCAUCCGAGUAGAAUAUGGACAAUUGCAAGGAGGUAUGAAAUCUAUUCAAUUGUAUAAGCAUCAUAAAUAUUACCAGCAACUGCAUAAAGCAUCAUAAAAUUGUGUUCAGCCAUCAGACUAUUAUUUGUUUGGAAAAUAUUUUUCAAAAUUAAUUACAGGAAAAGAUCACUGCUAUUUUAGAAGAGUGCAGAGACAUUGCCUAUAUCUAGCAAACCAGCUGAUGGUGUUUUCCCUUAAAAGCUAAGGUUUUGUCAGGUACAAACUCCCUUUAAAAUUUCCCUCAGAGGUGUUUAUAUUAAUAAUACCAAUAAAGAUUCAUCAAUAUCAACAAUUUAGCCAGGCAUAGACCAUCAUUUCAAAUAAUGAGAGCAUGUUGAUCAAUGUUCUCACAUAGUGACUCUCUUGAUGGCAGGUGAACAAUAAAACACUCUGUCAUAGAGGAAACGUAAAAUUUCUUCCCACACUCUUUCCUCAAAAUGCUUUUUACCUUCUCUCUUUUCCCUUUUUUUUCUGGACAGUCAGGCAGACUUGCAAACAAAGGACUGGCUCAAAUAAUCCAUUCCCCCCUCCUAAACAUAUCUCUGGUCUAUGUGAAUCCAGAGUCAUUCUUGUAAAUCAUAUUAAGGUAGAGGCAAUUACUUUGUUUUGCAGUGUGCCAGCUUUCUAUUUAAUUAAAAGAACCUGUAAACAAUUCUAAUCAGAGGAGGUAGGCACCCUGGUGGCUGCUAAGUGAUGCAUCCAAACACAUUGAUGUCAUAAGCAUUAUUUUGCAUUCCUUUCUUUUAGGUCCAUUUGGGAAAUAUACAUAAGGCAAGUUACAACCACAACCAAACACCAGGGCAACUUAAUUGUCUUCUACUGUUUCUGUGAUAUCUACUUAAUAUAUAUCAAAACUUUAAAUUGUAGAACAAGAACUUUUAACAAAUGUUGGUGGCUGCCUUUGCACACUAUGUUUUUCUGUUACUUGGGAACAAUUCUUGUAUGACAUAUUCAGAGGAAUAAAAUUCUUGACAC